CAAAAAGCUACUAGAGAAAAUCAAAACUAAAUUUGGUUUCCAUGGCCAAGUCGAGGCUGGUUUCUCUUCUCUACCCAUUGCUGCUAGCUGCCAUUUUUGUGCAUUGCCAUGGCGAUGGCGAUGACAGGAAGGUUCACAUUGUAUACAUGGGAGACCUGCCUCGGGGAGACUUUUCUGCUGAGUCCACUCACCACUCCAUGCUAGAAAGUGUACUCGGAAGUACUUCAUCAGCCAAAGAGUCAUUAGUCUACAGUUAUGGGAGGACGUUCAAUGGAUUUGCAGCUAAAUUGUCUGAUGAAGAAGUCGGAAGACUCUCAGAAAUGGAUGGUGUCAUCUCAGUGAUUCCAAACCAUAUACUAAAGCUUCACACAACAAGGUCAUGGGACUUCAUGGGUUUCUCCAAAGGAAAACUUACUAUGCCUCAGGAAGGAAAUGUCAUUAUCGGUUUACUGGACACAGGAGUCUGGCCAGAAUCUGCCAGUUUCAGUGAUACAGGAAUGGGUCCUCCACCAUCUACAUGGAAAGGAAUAUGCCAAGGCGAAGGCAACUUCACCUGCAACAACAAGAUCAUUGGAGCACGGUACUACAACAGUGAGAACUGGUAUGAUGUUACAGACUUCAAAUCCCCUAGAGACUCUGAGGGACACGGAACCCAUACUGCUUCAACCGCAGCAGGGCGUGAGGUGCAAGGAGUGAGCUACUACGGUCUAGCUCAAGGAGUUGCAAGAGGUGGAGUUCCAUAUGCAAGAAUUGCAGUAUACAAAGUGUGCUGGUCAUUUGGAUGUGCUACUGCGGAUAUCUUGAAGGCAUUUGACGAUGCAAUAGCCGAUGGUGUUGACAUUUUAUCAGUGUCUCUUGGUGCUCCCUGGGCAUUCCCAUACAUGGAGGACCCAAUUGCUAUUGGAUCCUUCCAUGCCAUGAAAUAUGGUAUAUUGACUUCAAAUUCUGCUGGCAAUUCUGGACCUUUUCCGUAUACUGUCGCCAAUUCAGCACCGUGGACAUUGACUGUUGCUGCCAGCACCAUUGACAGGAAAUUCAUCGCCAAUGUUGUGCUUGGCAGUGGAAAAGUCAUCACUGGGCUAUCCAUUAAUAACUUUGUGCUCAACGGGACAUAUCCAUUAGUUUGGGGAGGAGAUGCAGCAAACUACUCUGCAGGUGCUGAUCCUGAAAUUGCAAGCUAUUGCGUUACUGGUUCCCUGAAUUCAUUCAUAGUACAAGGAAAGAUUGUUUUCUGUGAAACCAUCUGGGAUGGUUCUGGCGUUUUAAUCGCUAAUGGUGUGGGAACCAUCAUGGCUCACCCUUUUUACAGCAAAGAUUUUGCUUUUAGUUACCCCUUAUCAGCAACAGUAAUUUCUGUAGAAGAUGGCCAACAAAUUUUGGAUUACAUUAGAUCCACAGAAUAUCCAACUGCAACUAUUUUGGCUGGUGAAACAUGGGAUGAUAUCAUGGCACCUUCCAUAGUAUCAUUCUCUUCCAGAGGACCCAACCCAAUCAGCCCGGACAUUCUCAAGCCUGAUCUUACAGCCCCUGGUGUGGACAUCCUUGCUGCCUGGUCUCCUGUAUCACCUCCUUCCAUUUACUAUGCAGACACCAGGAGUGUAAACUUUAACAUUAUCUCGGGUACAUCCAUGUCUUGUCCGCAUGCUAGUGCUGCUGCUGCUUAUGUCAAGGCUGCCAACCCCAACUGGUCUCCUGCUGCCGUUAAAUCCGCCCUCAUGACAACAGCUUAUGUCAUGGACCCAAGAAAGCACCCAGACCUUGAAUUCGCUUAUGGGUCAGGUCACAUCAAUCCAAUUGAAGCAACAGACCCUGGACUUAUUUAUGAUGCAUCUGAAGCAGAUUAUAUCAACUUCUUGUGUAAGCAGGGUUAUAACACUACUACACUCAGACUGAUCACCGGAGACAACAGUAGCGUCUGCAACAGCACAGAGCCUGGAAGAGCAUGGGAUCUUAAUUACCCAACUUUUGCUCUUGCCAUUGAAGACGGACAACCUAUACAGGGAGUCUUUACGAGGACAGUAACAAAUGUUGGAAAACCAAAUUCAACCUACAGUGUUAGCAUGUACAUGCCAAGCUCUGUUAGUGUGACUGUGGAGCCCUCUGUGUUGUCAUUCUCUGCCAUUGGAGAGACACAAACAUUUACAGUAAAGGUGGUCGGUCCGAAGAUCGCACAGCAGCCGAUCAUGUCAGGUGCAAUAGCGUGGAAUGAUGGAACAUACGUGGUGAGAAGCCCACUAGUGGUAUACAACAUACUACCUGGUGCCGCUUAUUCUACUCCUUUUAACUCCAUGACCAAGCCGCAAAAAACACCUAAAUUCGAAGGUUCUUCGCUGUAUCACAAGAACGGCAUCCUCGGAAGUAACUAAUUAAACCCAUGUUUGUAUUUCGAAUGUGGCAUGUCAAUUUUGUAAUGCCCUGCAGCUGAAAUAAAAUAAAAAUAAGACUCGAUCUCUCUACUGCUGCAAAGGGAGAUUUUCCAUUCAAAUAAUUUCUUAUCUUGUUCAAAAUUUGGACUUGGAUAUGGAUUGAAUUUCAUGGCAAA